AUGCCGCACAUCCGGCGUUACGUCUUCAAUCCUACCGGAAUAACAAGAGUCGUAGAAGAAGAAUAUGAUGACCAAACCGAACCUCAAACCAGGGGAUACAUCCAUGUGAAUGUGACAGCCUCAACUAGGGUUUCACUCAAUGAGAGAGAGCAUCAGAAAAGUUCGUCCAAUGUUGUUUCUUCAUCAUCGUCUUCAGGAUCGCAGGAGGAUAUAGAAUCACGCUGUUCGAUCUGCAUGGAAGUUUGGACCAACGGUGGCGAACACCAAGUCUCUUGUCUUCCCUGUGGACACUUGUAUGGGUUUUCUUGCAUCAACAAGUGGUUACAACUUCGUCCAAGUUCAGGAAAGUGUCCCCAAUGCAACAGAGCAUGUAGCUUUAAAGAUGUUGUCAAAAUCUACGCAUCAAAGAUUGCUGCGGUUGAUGAUGAAGGACAAAAGAGAAUCGUAUCUCUCGAGGCCAAGUUAAGUUCAGUAGAAGAGAAGACUAGGAGUUUGAGUAACAAAGAAGCUCGAUGGAGAGAAAAAAAAGCAGAGUUACGAUUAGAGAUUACUAAUCUGAGGAAGAAGAUGUAUCAAGAUCGUCAUGGACAUGAUGAACCUUCUUACAGCUUUAAACAUCAUAAAGAAGUGUUAGUUAAUGGUGGCCGUAUAUUUGAAAUAAAUGGUGGCAGACAGAAUCUGUUGUUGGCCCGUAGGCUCUCAGGAAGUGGUGGAACGUUUGUGCUUACGCAAAUCAACUUACAUACUGGUAAGAUUGAUGAUGACAUUUUGUUGCCUCGUACAACUAGAGCUAUUCAAGAUCUUCGCCUUUCGCCUCACAAUAACGGGCUAGCUGUAUUUGGUUCUCUGGGGAAAAAUUUAUCUUUCAUAAGCUUGGAUAGUCACAACACUGUCUUGUCUUAUGAUCAUCUACCUGCUGCACCUUUGUCUUGUUCUUGGGAUCUCAACAGUUGUCACCAUGUUUAUGCUGGACUACAGAAUGGAACAGUUUUAGUAUUUGAUAUGCGUCAAAACAAGAGACCUUUAGCAUCCUUGGCUGGCGUGACAAGCAAUCCAGUUCAUACUAUCCAUCAUCUCUCUGCAUAUUCCACUCCAACUUCUGAUGUCGGCGGUGAGCUCUUAUCCGCUUCUUCCACCGGGCUGUGUCAGUGGAACAUUAGUGGCAGUGAGGGAAAGCCAACAUUGGUUUCUGAAACAAGAAACUUAGGAACAUGCACAGCCUCCUCGUAUUGUCCUCGCACCAGUCAUGUGGUUGCCACUUAUAGACGGAGAGCUGAAUCUUCUGAUAAUACAAUCCCAGCGGUUAAUAGUACUGAUGGUGUAUAUGGAUUUCAUGUUGGUCUCAAGAGAAGAGUUGAUGGUACUUAUUCUCAGAAACAGUCAUCAACACAAGCUAUUGUAAAAACCAUCAUCUUGCCAAAAACAGCUAUUAUAGAUUUUGGUAUGGAAAGGAGACAACUUUUUGCAUCUUAUGAUGACUCCACUCGAGAGCUCAUCUUGCAAGAUCCUUCCUCUUUUACUGUCUCUCAACGGUUUGCAUUGUCAAGUCCUCAUCUGCUUCAAGACGUGAAAUACGCUCACCUCAAUGGUUCGGGUCUGCUCGGUCUCUUAACUGAUGAUAGGUUCCAACUUCUUAGGAAUUAA